ACUGUCAUUGCCUACGUGUCAGGCAACGUCUACGGUCGAUACCUAACGUGGAACUUUGUCAGGAGCAACUGGAGCCUGUUCUUGGAGCGGUAUGGUGGAGGUUCUUUUAGCUUCUCUCGGCUGAUAAAGUACGUGACUGGGAGUUUCACAACAGAACUGGAGCUGAAAGAGGUGGAGAGGUUCUUUAGUGAGCAGGGGGACCAAGGGAGUGGGGCUCGGGCUAUCAGACAGGCCCUGGAGGUGAUACAACGGAACAUUCUCUGGCUGGAGACCAACCAAAACCUCAUCCAAAACUGUCUAUCUGACACUCAGUCUUGUUUCUGUUCCUCUCUCCCAUGAUUACUAUGUAAUGUGAAUCUCGCCGGCUUGGGAGUCAGAAUACUCAUGUUGGAUAAGAGCUCAUUUCCGCUGCCUAUAGUGUGUAGUGCACUUGCCCAGCAAGCAAGAGGUGGUGGGUUAAAAUCCACUGGUAGCUAGAGCUGAUUUUUCUUUCUUUCUUCGUUUCUUGCGUGAUCGCUGAUAAAUGGA